ACAGAUUGUUUCAGUUCAUUUUAGUUGUCUUUGGAUUCCGGUUCGGUUAAAAUGCUACGUGUCAGUAUUCUAACCAUACUCGCAGUGUUAUCGGUGAGCUUCACCGUAUCACAUUCGGCGCGAAUUCUGGGAUUAUUUACGUCGCAUUCGAAAUCCCACUUGAUUGUUCAUAUGAAUACGAUUCGUCCGAUGAUAGAACGUGGUCAUGACGUAACUAUUGUAACAACUAUACCAGUGAAAGAACCAAAUCUAAAAUUCCGUCAUAUUAAAUUGAAACAACCAGAUAUGGACCGUAGUGGAAUAGCUCAGGACACAAAAGGCUUGUUUAAGACGAUGCAGUUAAUGAUGAAAGUCUCGACUAAUCUAUUGCACUUGACUAAUCUGACGAUAAACGAUCCAGAGAUGCAGAAACUGAUGCGGGAAGAAUCGUUUGAUCUAGUUGUUAUGGGGUAUUUUUUCAAUGAUUUUCUCAUCGGAGUCGCUGGCCACUUCAAAUGUCCACUCAUUAUAAACUGGAUGGGAUCUCCUACACAGCACUUGGGGAAACUGGUGGGGAAUCCCCCAGAGAUAUCCUAUGUUCCCAGUUUAUUGUCUGGCUUACAACAGCCAAUGGGGUUUUUUGACCGAGUUAUCAGCUAUGUGUUUUCUGCAGUUGAACUUGGACUGUUCUCUUAUGUGAAUUACCGAAUGGACCAAUACUACUCAUAUAAUUUCCCACCGGAUAAAUAUCCGUCUUAUGAAGAUAUGAAAAAGAACGUUUCACUGCUUUUCGUAAAUACUUACUUGAGCCAAGGAUACAUUCAACCCAAUGUACCAACCAUCAUACAAAUCGGAGGAAUCCAAAUAAAGCCAAAACCGGAUCCACUACCGCAGGACAUCAAAGAAUUCAUAGAUAGCGCAGCAGAAACGGGUGUCAUUUAUUUCUGCUUAGGAUCAAAUAUUGGUGCCGACUUCCUAACUCCUGAUUUUAUCAAUAUAAUAUUUAAGGUACUCUCUGGUGUCAAACAGAAUGUAAUUUGGAAAUGGGACAAGGACGAACUUCCAGGAGAAUCUCCUAACAUUCUUUAUAAAAAAUGGCUUCCGCAGGACGAUAUUCUUGCUCAUCCAAAUCUUAAGCUUUUUAUUACUCAUGCUGGUGGUGGAGGAGUUGCAGAAGCCCAAUAUCAUGGUGUUCCAAUGGUGGCAAUUCCCUUUUUCGCCGAUCAAUUCUCUAAUGCAAAUAAAUUACAAAAAGCCGGUCAUGGUAUAGUCGUGGACAAAGGGACUCUGACGGAGGACCUGUUCCGUAAAGCUGUUCUCGAAGUUUUGGAAAAUACUACGUAUACAGAUAGUGUAAAGACAUUUUCCAGAAUAUUUAGAGAUCGACCUUUGAGUGCGAGGGAUACUGCUGCUUAUUGGAUGGAAUAUGUUUUGAGGCAUAAAGGAGCAAAGCAUCUCCAGAGCCCGGCAAUUCACAUGAAUGCCAUACAAUACUAUGGACUUGAUGUUAUUGCUUUCCUCAUUGGUGUUGCAUAUGUAGUCUGCAAAGUAAUUAAAUUUAUUUGGUCGAUGACUAUAGGGGCGCUAUGCAGGAGAAUUUGUAAGAGUAAAAAGAAUACUAGUUCUAAGAAAAAAAAUCAGUAAUAUUGAACUCUUGAUGUUAAGGUGCGAAAUUCUAGGAAUAAA